CGCGGCAGGGCUCGCGCGCCUCUCAGGAACACUGGCCCUGCUACCAGAGCCCCAGGAGCCCCCAUGAGUGCCAGCAGCGGGUGUCCUGGAUAGUGAGACCCUGGCCAGUCCAGGGGCAGGGACCCCAUCAUGCCACCCAUUCUCCAGCGCCUACAGCAGGCCACCAAGAUGAUGAGCCGCAGGAAAAUCCUGCUGUUGGUGCUAGGAUGCAGUACCCUCAGCCUCCUCAUCCACCAGGGUGCACAGCUCAGCUGGUACCCCAAGCUGUUCCCUCUGAGCUGCCCGCCGCUGCAGGACUCGCCGCCGCGCCCCAAGCACAUGACCGUGGCCUUCCUGAAGACGCAUAAGACCGCGAGCACGACGGUGCAGAACAUCCUGUUCCGCUUCGCCGAGCGCCACAACCUGACGGUGGCCCUGCCGCACCCGAGCUGCGAGCACCAGUUCUGCUACCCGCGCAACUUCUCGGCGCACUUCGUGCACCCGGCCACGCGGCCGCCGCACGUGCUGGCCAGCCACCUGCGCUUCGACCGCGCGGAGCUGGAGCGCCUCAUGCCGCCGGGCACCGUCUACGUCACCAUCCUGCGCGAGCCCGCGGCCAUGUUCGAGUCCCUCUUCAGCUACUACAACCAGUACUGCCCGGCCUUCCGGCGCGUGCCCAACGCGUCGCUCGAGGCCUUCCUGCGCGCUCCCGAGGCCUACUACCGCGCGGGCGAGCACUUCGCCAUGUUCGCGCACAACACGCUCACCUACGACCUGGGCGGCGACAACGAGCGCAGCCCGCGCCGCGACGGCGCCUACCUGGCGGGCCUCAUCCGCCAGGUGGAGGAGGUCUUCUCGCUCGUCAUGAUCGCCGAGUACUUCGACGAGUCGCUCGUGCUGCUGCGGCGCCUGCUGGCCUGGGACCUGGACGACGUGCUCUACGCCAAGCUGAACGCGCGCGCCGCCAGCUCGCGCCUGCCAGUGCUGCGGCCCGCGGCGCAGAUCCGCACCAAGCAGCUGCAGCCGUGGCAGCCCAGCCGCAAGGUGGACAUCAUGGGCUACGACCUGCCCAGCGGGGACGCCGGCCCGGCCACUGAGGCCUGCCUCAAGCUGGCCAUGCCCGAGGUACAGUACUCCAACUACCUGCUGCGCAAGCAGAAGCGCCGGAUCGGUGUGCGGGCCCGGCCCGAACCGGUCCUGGACAACCCCCCGCCGCCUCGGCCCAUCCGGGCACUGCCCCGUGGACCCCAGGGCUACUGAGCUCCGGGAGUCUGGCCUGGGCGUCAGCCCUUGGGGCUACCUCCAGGCCCUGCCUCAUCAAGACCCCUACUUCCAAGGGACUUAAGCCCCACGCCGUACUUGGGGGUGCAUCGCCCUAUCUGAGCCCGCCUACCUUGGUUGGGUUGAGCCCCGCCUUCCAGGAGGGUGCUGAUAGGCCCGAUCGAGCCCCGGGCCAUCCCCUCCCCCUUCGUAACUGGGUUGUGACUUUUACUGGAGGUUUGAGGCCUAUCCAGGACUCUCCUGCCUUUUUCUGGGGUUUGAACCCUCCACCCGUCUUUUCCAAGCGGAUGAGCCCAGGCCGCAGAGAGUUCUGCCUGCCAGCCUCCCAGAGCUCUUGCUCUUCCUCACGGGGGUCAGAGGUCCCCACACCAUCUGUCUUCCAGGUUCCACCCUCACCACAGACCUAAGCUGCUCCCAGACUCCCAGAACCAAGAGUUCUUGGGUUGGGCUUUUAAUUUGUUUGGUUUUUCUUUUUUUAAUAAAAUAUCUUUAAAAUGUGCA